UCCGGGCCCUGCUUCUUCCCACGCCCCGCGGCCUGAUGCCGAGGUCGCCGCGUGGCAAGCGGGCCGCCGAGUUUCGGUCCCGGGUGGGGGCACUGCCGCAACCUCGUCUCUCCCCAGCCGCUGGCUUUGGGGAAGUUUGUGCUGCCUCCCGUCUGGUGGCCUUGGGAAGAAACUGAAACACAGGCUACAUCAUUUCCCCACAAGCAACAGCAGAGCCAUAGUCAGACUGAGAAUUUCGCAGUUUACAGUCCUCUCGAAGGGCUGCAAGAACACCCAGUUCGUAAUCGCUAAUUUGAUUGCCGCCCGUUGAGCGAUCGCCCCGCCCACCCUGGCGCCAAAUAGGUGGAGCGCAUGCGCAAGGAACUCUGGAAGGUGGCGGAAAGGCCACGCGCUGUCUGGCCGCCUUGCACUGUGGGAGUUGUAGUCCCGGUGCCUUUCCCGCUGCGGUAGCUCUGCGAGGAGUGAGGGCCUCGGACUACUGUUCCCAGGACUCCCCGAGGUGUCCCAGGUUACUUUGCAGAGGCAUGGCGGGUAGUGUGUGAAUGUCAAUACGGCAGGUAAUUAAAUCACUUUAAUUCUAGUAGAAAGAGCGCAGAAGGGAAGAAGAGGUGGACACGGCUUCUUUCGGGAGCUAACUUUUUUGCCGAACAAGCCGUGCAGAAUCACCGAUGUGACUGUGUAGCGCUGAGGACACUCUGGCUGGGCGUGUAUUGGGUGGUGAAGCUUUGCGGUUCCCCGCUGGCACCUUUGUAAAGCGGAGCGGUUUUCUGUGAUCAUGAUUUGUACUUUCUUACGAGCUGCGCGGUGUGCGGAGAAGCUGUGCAGGUCGUCAGGGAAGCCGUUGUUUCCGCCACACUUCGUGCUUAACAGAGCUCGCUUGAAGACCGCGUCGGGUUUGAGCUGGGGUCUGCGAGAGCAAAAGAAAGCGGUACGACCUGAGAGUAUCCUUGGAGUCACCCAGAAAACCAUCUGGACGCAGAGGCAGAGCCCCCAGAGGGCAGGAGACGACGGCAGCAAACAAGUGUCCGUGCACAGCCAGAGAGGGGAACCCGUCGUCUCAACGUCACAGAAAGUGAAAGAAGCUGGAAGAGAUUUUACCUAUUUGAUAGUGGUGCUUAUUGGAAUCACCGUCACAGGUGGCUUGUUUUACACAAUUUUCAAAGAACUUUUUUCUUCAUCCAGUCCUAAUAAGAUCUAUGGGAAAGCCUUAGAAAAAUGCAGAUCACACCCCGAGGUCAUCAGCAUCUUCGGGGAGCCCGUGAAGGGCUACGGGGAGGCGACGCGCCGUGGACGGAGACAGCACGUCAGUUUUAUUGAAUAUGUAAAGGAUGGGCUGAAACACAUGCGUGUGAAGUUCUACAUUGAGGGCUCCGAGCCUGGGAAACAAGGAACAGUGCAUCUUGAAGUGAAGGAGAACCCAGAAAGUGGCGAAUAUGAAUUUCGAUACAUAUUUGUUGAACUUGAGCCCCACCCUAGAAGAACUAUCAUCAUCGAAGACAAUCGAUCCUGAGCUGACUGCAAGACCCCCGCAAGCACGGUUUCCAAGCACACGUGGAGUGGUGCGGGCACACAGCUCCGCCCUUCCCCACUCUCCUCCCAAGGCUGUAGAAUAAGAUAGGAAAGAGUGUGCAGCACAUAAAAGUGAAUGUAACUGGGUAGUAGUUGCAUUUAGAUACACGUACGUGGAGAAUUUCUUACAGAGGGCAAAUCAUGAAAAAGAACAUACUUUAUGGUAUCUCUGAAUCGAUCAUGGGCAGUAUUUCUGUUCUAGUUAAUAUCUUUCAUGAUAAGAAAUCUGUUAUUAAAAACUAUACCAUGUAAAUAAGCAAAAAGAGUUCAAUAUUUUAUGCUUUCAUGCUGUAUAACUGUAAAAUCUGUGAAAUAAAGUCAGAAGUAACAGAGA